GCCCUGGCCGCGCUCGACCUCAACGAUAACAAACUCGGCGGCCCCAUCCCGGUGAGCCUCUCGCGGCUGCGCUCACUCGCCACGCUCGACCUCGGCAGCAACAACUUCAACGGCUCCAUCCCGCCGCAGCUCGGCGACCUCUCCGGCCUCGUCGACCUCCGCCUCUACAACAACAGCCUCGCCGGCGACAUCCCGCAUCAGCUCACCAGGCUCCCCAGGAUCACGCACCUCGACCUCGGCUCCAACUUCCUCACCAACCACAAGGACUACCACAGGUUCUCGCCCAUGCCCACCGUCACCUUCCUCUCGCUCUACCUCAACUACCUCGACGGCAGUUUCCCGGAGUUCAUCCUCCAAAGCGGCAACAUCACCUACCUCGACCUGUCGCAAAACACUCUUUCUGAACCAAUACCGGACUCGCUGCCGGAGAACCUCCCCAACCUCAUGUACCUCAACCUGUCCAUCAAUGCCUUCUCCGGGCGGAUACCGGCGUCGCUGUCGAAGCUGGGGAAGCUCCAGGACCUGCGUGUUGGCGGUAACAAUCUGACGGGCGGAAUCCCCGAGUUCCUUGGGUCCAUGUCCCAGCUGAGAGUUCUCGUUCUCUAUGGGAACCAGCUCGGUGGAUCGAUCCCGCCAGUUCUUGGCCGGCUCAAAAUGCUACAGCACCUUGACGUCAAGAUCGCCGGGUUGGUUUCCACUAUUCCACCGGAGCUAGGCAACCUUGACAAUGUCAAUUUUAUCGACCUGUCCAUGAACCAGCUCUCAGGUGGCUUGCCACCGGAGUUGGCCGGGAUGCGCCAAAUGUGUGAGUUUGGCAUAUCGUCGAACAAACUUGCCGGUCAGAUUCCACCAGCUUUGUUCACGAGCUGGCUAGAGCUCAUAUCAUUCCAAGUGCAGAAUAACUCGUUUUCAGGGAAGAUUCCACCAGAGAUCGGCAAGGCAACCAAGCUCAUAAUCUUGUUUCUCUUCAGCAACAACCUUGUUGGCCAUAUUCCUGCAGAGCUGGGCGAGCUUGUGAGAUUGAAUCAGUUGGAUUUGUCGGUGAACUCUCUCACGGGAUCGAUUCCCAGCUCGCUCGGCAACCUCACGCAACUCACGAGGCUGGCGCUCUUCUUUAACCGGCUCACUGGUGUGAUCCCGACGGAGAUUGGCAGCAUGACGGCGUUGCAAGUCUUGGAUGUCAACACCAACAGUUUAGAAGGGGAGCUACCCGCCACCAUCACAUCGCUUAGGAAUCUCCAAUACCUCGCCCUGUUUGACAACAACUUCAACGGCACCAUACCGCCCGACCUUGGGAAGGGGCUAAGCUUAACCGAUGCCAGUUUCGCAAACAACAGCUUCUCCGGCGAGCUGCCACAGAGACUGUGUGAUGGCUUUGCGCUGCAGAACUUCACGGUGAACCACAACAACUUCAGCGGCAGGCUGCCAUCAUGCUUGAAAAAUUGCACACGGUUGUUCCGGAUGCGGCUGGAAGGUGGCAACCAAUUCACCGGGGACAUCUCCAAGGUGUUUGGUGUCCAUCCCAACUUGGACUACUUGGAUGUCUCGGGGAAUCAGCUGACAGGGAACUUAUCAUCUGAUUGGUCACAAUGCACCAAUCUUACACUCUUAAACAUGAACGGUAAUCGAAUAUCUGGCAAUAUUGAUGCAGCCUUCUGCGAAUUGAUCUCUCUCCGGUCUCUGGAUCUAUCAAAUAACCAAUUCACCGGGGAGCUCCCAAGUUGCUGGUGGAAACUCAAAAGUAUGUGGUUAAUGGAUUUGUCCAACAACGGCUUUUCAGGUGAACUUCCCAUAUCAACAAGCUUGGGCCUUGAACUCCAGUCACUUCGUGUUGCUAAUAAUAGCUUUCUUGGAGUUUUUCCAUCCGUAAUUGAAACCUGCAGAUCUCUCGCCAUCCUAGAUCUUGGGAACAACAUGUUCUUUGGUGAUAUCCCCUCUUGGGUUGGAACCAAUGUCCCUCUUCUAAUAAUUCUGAGCCUCCCAUCCAACAACUUCAGUGGUGUCGUUCCACCCGAGUUAUCCCAACUUUCUAAUCUGCUAGUCCUGGACCUAUCCAGCAACUCCUUCUCAGGUGAGAUCCUCACAGCCAUGCCAAACCACAAUUGCUCUCUCGAGUCGUUUCAUCUCGCUGGCAAUGGCUUUGUGGGCGCCUUCCCGCCAUUCCUCCAAAGCUGCAACUCCCUGGCCACCCUGGACAUCGGGAACAACCGGUUCGUUGGUGGUAUCCCUACAUGGAUCGGGAGUCAGCUUCCAUUAUUGAAUAUCCUUAGACUUAGAUCAAACAAUUUCACCGGAGAUAUCCCCCCCGAGUUAUCGAGGCUUUCACAACUUCAGCUGCUCGAUAUGGCCAAAAAUAGCUUGACAGGAUCACUUCCGGUAGCCUUUGGCAACUUGAAGUCCAUGAGGCAUAAUCUUCCCCCAUUGGUCCAACCAAGUCGGAUUUUCCAUCUUGAAAGAGUCAACAUAUCUUGGAAGGGCCGUGAACAGACUUUUUGGAAUGGUAUCGGGUUAAUAACAGGUAUUGAUCUAUCAUGCAAUUUACUUAUGGAGAACAUCCCGGAUGAGCUAACAUACCUCAAAGGUCUCCGUUUUCUGAACUUAUCCAGUAAUGAUCUAUCAGGCAGUAUUCCAGAAAGAAUCGGCAGUUUGGAGCUAUUGGAGUUCCUUGACCUCUCAAGCAAUGACCUUUCAGGUGGCAUUCCUCCUAGCAUUUCAAAUCUGCUGUCCCUGGGCAUGUUAAAUCUCUCAAACAAUCACUUAUGGGGCCGCAUACCUACCGGGAGUCAGUUACAAACACUCACAGAUCCAUCAAUAUAUGGCAACAAUCUGGGGCUCUGUGGCUUCCCAUUGAGCGUGUGUGAGCCUGCAUUGGGCGAGGGAACUGAAGAUCACUCAAAAGUCGGUGACUUGGGGCUGUGUUACUCUGUAAUUCUUGGCAUUGUUUCCGGCUUCUGGCUUUGGUUUGGAGCUCUGCUUUUCCUGCAACAGUGGAGAUUUUCCUUUCUCGAUUUUGUUGACAGCUUAGGGAUCAAGAUAGCUGCUGUCAGGCGCUAAGGCCUUCACAUGUAAAUCAGCAGCAAACGACAUUAGCAUCAAUUAUGUACUGUAUGCUGCUUUUUUUUACGGCUGUAACACUAAACUGGACUAUAGCAGUAAAAU